AUGCAUUUGGAUACCAAAGCGCUGCGCCAUCUGGCGUCCGAGGAUUGGAAAGUCCUCGCAGCUGUUGAGCAAGGCAGCAAAAACCACGAGUUGGUGCCGACACCGCUGAUCGAGAGGCUGUCACGGCUUCGUGGAGGAGCAAACGGUGUGCACAGAUGCAUCUCCAACCUCGCCAAGGUGGGCCUCAUCGCCAAGGUCAAGGAGGCCAAGUACGAUGGCUACCGCCUCUCCUACGGUGGUCUCGACUACCUCGCCAUGCACACGUACUCGACGCGCAAGGAGGUCUACAGUGUAGGGAGCAGAGUCGGUGUCGGAAAGGAGAGCGAUAUCGUCAUGGUUGCCGACGACAACGGCAAGCAACUCAUCCUCAAGAUUCACAGGCUGGGGCGCAUUUCCUUCAGGACAGUCAAGUCCAACCGUGACUACCUCAAGAAGAAUCAGUCGGGAUCGUGGAUGUACCUCUCGCGGUUAGCAGCCAUGAAGGAGUUUGCCUUCAUGAAGGCGCUCAAGGAAGAGGGGUUUCCCGUGCCCGAACCGAUCGCCCAGAACCGCCACACCAUCGUCAUGUCCUUUAUCGACUCCUUUCCCCUUCGCCAGAUCUCCGAGGUGCCUGAUCCGGCCACGCUGUACGCCGAACUGAUCGAGUUGAUUCUCCGUUUGGCUAAGCACGGGCUCAUCCACGGUGACUUUAACGAGUUCAACAUCCUGAUCAAGGAAGAAGUAACCACCACAACGACGGAGGAGGGGGAGGUGGAGUCCAUCAAGCUCAUUCCCAUCGUCAUUGACUUCCCGCAAAUGGUGUCUAUGGACCAUACAAAUGCCGAGAUGUAUUUCGACCGCGACGUCAACUGCGUCAAGCGCUUUUUCGACAAGAGAUUCCACUUCACCAGUACGACUCCGGGGCCAUUCUUCAAGGAUGCGAAAAAGACUGUCGGAAAAGGCGGUGCAACAAGACUGGACGCCACGGUAGAGGCCUCUGGUUUCACCAAGAAGAUGGCCAAGGAUCUGGAGAAGGCUAUCCUUGAACAGGCCUCGUCGAAGGACGAGGACGGAGAGGCUGGUGACGACGAUGACGAUGAGUAUGACGAGGAAGAGGAAGAGGAAGAAGAAGAUGAGGACGACGCGAAUGCUGAAGGCAAUGAUGGCAGUACACCAUUGUCCAGCGGUGACGCGAAGACCGGGGAGGAAGGCAAAGAGAUAGAUACCCAGAAGUUUUCAAAGUUGUCGGUAACGUAG